UAAGGGAAACCCUUACCAGAGAUCAGUCUCUCUGCUUCCGCCGCUCUCCCUUGUUAGCCUCUCCGCAAAACCAAAACUCUUAGACAAGAUGAAUCGGGAGAAGCUCAUGAAGAUGGCCGGUUCUGUCCGCACAGGCGGAAAGGGAACCGUGCGCAGAAAGAAGAAGGCAGUGCACAAAUCGACCACCACUGACGACAAGAAGCUUCAGAGCACUCUAAAGAGGAUAGGUGUCAACACCAUCCCGGCUAUUGAGGAAGUCAACAUUUUCAAGGAUGAUUUGGUCAUUCAGUUUGUUAACCCUAAGGUGCAAGCUUCCAUCGUUGCCAACACUUGGGUCAUUACUGGUUCUCCUCAAACCAGAAAACUUCAAGAUAUUCUUCCAGGGAUUAUCAACCAGCUUGGUAUGUUUUCUUUACAGUCGGUGUGAAUGUUUAGUAUGUGUUGUAAAUGAAGCUGGAUUGAGUUGUAGGAACUUCCACUCAUACUUAAGGAACCUGUGUUGAUUAUGAACCAAUGUUUUGUGGUAUCAUUCUUAUUAGGUAGUGUUUCUAGAGCUAGCUUGCAAACCUGUUUAGCGUAUGGGUAAAUCAAAUGUCUUGUUUGUGCAAUGUAUAUGGAACAUAUGCAUGGUUUUUGCUUCGGUUCCAAGAGUUGAGGGAAGAGAUGACAUAAGCGAUGUUCUACCUCUCCUUGGUAUUUGGUAAUGAAGGUUUUUGUUUUGCCCAAAUUAGUUCAAUUUAUCUUUUUAGGGGUGUUUAACCUGGGUUAUUAACAUUUCAAGUUGUCUCAGAAGCUUGUACCUGGUUUAUGAACAUAGGCAUGCUUUCACUCUGCCAUUCAUCAACAAUGCUUAUGCAUUCUAAUUUACUAAUCCUAUGUUUUCAUUCACUUAACUAACUAAUUCGUUGGGAGCUGUCAAGUUAGUGUCACUUGAGCUACUGCCGAGACAUCAUGCUAUGGCCUGUUCUGUUUUCUAUUUUCCUGUAAUGCUGGAUACUCUGAGUUAUGCUUUGCUUACCAUUUCUGUCUCCUACAUUUCAGGCCCAGAUAACUUGGACAACCUGAAGAAGUUGGCUGAGCAAUUCCAAAAGGAGGCCCCCACUGGUGCCACUGGAGUAGUUCAGGAAGAUGAUGAUGAUGUCCCAGAACUUGUAGCCGGAGAGACAUUCGAAGCUGCGGCAGCGGAAGAAACCCAUACUUAAGACUGGAAGCUCUGAGGGUCUUUUUUGUUUUGCUUUUCUUCAGAUUUGCUCUUAUUCUCUCUCCGUGGUUGUUACCUCUCCUUUUUUCCUUCCUGAUGAACUUGACAAUUCUGUAGUAGUUUUUUGCUUUGUCAACGUUCCUUGUGAGCAGCUCAGAAACAAUUAUUACUAUGGAAUCGAGUAAAACAGUUUUAGGGUGUCAUUUAGUUGAUGGUUCUAGGUUGCUUCCAACCGUUAUGGUCUGAAGGUUCUGUUCAUGGUCUCUUAGAUUAGUGUAUUUUGUGCAUUGGUUGUGCAAGUUCCGGCUGCAGCUAAUAUUUUCAGGUCUCAAAUUGUUCAUUUCAGGAUCUGUGCAUUGAUCGUAGUAUGGCUGACUGCCUCGAAUGAACGUGGACCAGUGCUCUGUAG